AUGUUAAAUACCAACGUAGUUGUGGAAGACAACCAAGUUAUCAGGCUUGUCCUCGAUUUCUUGGAUUCUAGAAAGCUUCAUAACUCCAUGAGAAGUCUGGAGAAAGAAUCCGGAAUCGUUAACUGUGGUUUCUCGGAUGACAUUCUGUUUUUAAGAGACCUUGUUCUCGACGGCGAGUGGGAGGCCAUAUUGAUCUUUGCUCAGCCAUUUGAAGGCAUCAACGAGUUUGAUUCAAGACAGUUCCGUUAUCUUGUUUUGAAGCAGAAGUUCAUGGAAGUGUUGUACUUCAAGUCGGGCUUCGGUGGAAAUUCAACAAGCUAUUCGAUUGAGGAUUUAAUAAAGUGUCUGAAUCAACUGGAAGAAGACUGUCCAAACAAGGCUGAAUACAGCAAACUAUGUUGGCUGUUAACUGUUCCUAAUUUAUCUGAGCAACCGGAAUAUCGCGACUGGAACCCCACUACUGCAAGGAUAAAGUGCUUUGAUCAGAUUCUUGAUUUACUACGGAAGGUCAUUCCCAUCGAGAAAAAAGGUCUCAAUGGGAAAUUUCCGAAGCCACUGACUCCAAUUAGAGACAGAUUAUUGCACUUAUUAAUUAAGGGACUGUGUUUCGAGAGUUGUGUGGAUUACUGUCAGUUAAGAGCAAUUAACGGAGAUCUCUCAGGGGAGCUUGAUGUUUGCAUUGGAGACAAUAUUUUAUUUGGGCCAUCACAAGAGAGUUCUGGAAAUUUUUUGUCUUGGCUCAAAAAUCUCUCUCAAGAUGCAUUCAUUACACCUUUUGAACCAGUGAGUUUAGAAGUGGACUUGAAGAAAGGAAAACAAACACCUGGUUUUUUAUAUCACAAGUCUCCUAAGAGAGAUGAUGCUGAAAUUCUUUCAAGGAGUUUGUCUCUUUCAGGGAGGCCAGCCACAGCAGAUAUGGCUUCACACCUGUCCAGGCUGGAAACAGAAGGAAACAGGGGAGCAUUAUCUGACAACCAACCACAUUCCAGCCAACCUCUCAAAGGAAUUUCACAAUCGUAUAAUGAGUUUCACUACAAAGGCUCUUCAGAAAAUGAGCCAUUGAAUAAUGCAGGUAAUAUUGGCCUCCCUAAAAGAAGAUUAGACUCGAGACAUGAGGGUGAAGAAGAAGUAUUGGCUGAAACUGGUAUACUAAAUGAUGAUACAAAUAAUGUUGAACAUGAACAGGAUCCUUCUCAACCCCUAGUUGCUAAUGGUACAGACUCGAGUUGUGAUCCUGGAGCUAUUCAUAUGCUGAAGGAGCAACAACAACAAAAUGUUUUGAAACAGCUUGAAGCCUAUGAGAGGCAGAAGCAAGAUCUUGAACGACAACUUCUAGAGUUGUCUUUGAGAGAGACUGCAAAUAAAAAACCUAAUACAACAGAUAGUACAACAUCUCAGCUACUUAGUCAUAGACCUGAAUCCAGUGAUUCUUCCAAUGUCUCUCAGAGUAAACUCUUAUCUAAUGAUGUGGGGUUUAAAAGUCAUCCAAGUCAUCAGCCAAAUGGAGAGGCAUCAAUUCAUGGUCCAUUUGAAGGAAAUGUUAAUCAUGUUAACAGUGAGGAUUACUUGCCAUGGCCUCAAGGCAGCUAUCAAACACCGGAAAGUGUGAGGCCAUUUCUAAAUCAUGAAAAAAAUGAUGCAACUUGUUUCUCAGUCACUCAAGUCGUGACAUCAACUCCUGCUACAAAGCCAAAGAAUAAACCUGAGGAUUUAAACUUGGCAGAUACCAAGGGUAGUCUUACUGCCUAUGAUGGAGUGCCAAUUACGCCAGCAGAGCAAACAUUUCCUAACACUCCAGUAUUAAAUGGACAUGCACCUUUUGGGACAGGUCACUGGGUUGCCUUGGCAGACGGUUCAGGAGUUCUGAACACCAGGUAAAUGACUUGCAGUGAUAAAAAUAUUAGAGCAUUAUACUGAUAAUCAAGUUCAUUGUGGUUGUUUAAUUGAAUGUUUGUCAAAACAUUCAAGUGACAAAACAUUUUGUGACUACUACUAGUAAAUCAAUAGAAAAUGUAAUAAGUCGUAAACCACAUUGUGCUUUGCAUUACAUGCUAACCAUGAUGUGAAAUUGUUUUAAACAAUGUUUUAGUUUGAAAUUGUACUUCUAACAGUACUAUAAAUCUAUGACAGCUAUUUAAUAAUCCAGCUUCUAUGUCUGACUUAAGUGUUUAAAAGGUCUUGACUCUGUUUACAGAACAGUUUUCAAUUGGCCCUUAAAAGAAAUCCAUUAUUUAAAGGGUUGAAGCAGACACAACUAUUUUGUUAGAGUUUGAUUCCAGUUUUCAGUUCAAAGGAUGCCUUCUGACUAUCCAAUUAUUGCCAUGAGUGCAAUUUGAACUUGUCAUGGUAGAACAUUGAUGUAAAAUUUGUUGAUGAAUUUUGAAUAAGCAAAUUUUAUCUAAAUAGAUUUGUAAACAUACACCAUGAAUACUAGACUUAAACACUGGUGUAGAAGUGAAAUAUAGCCAAAACAAAAGAAUUAGGUUUGCGUGUCGGAGCUCUAUAUUCAAUGUGGGAUUUCAGUAAUCUUUUAAAACUGACUCGCAUUCUGGAGUGAUAAUAUAAUUCUAUUUAAAAUGAAUGUCUGUGAUGGUUUAAUGUCAUUUUAGUACACCAAAGUCCACUAGGCAAGGAUUGAAAUCUACUCCAGCACCACUUGCAUCUCCUAUCCUGCAUGUAGAUGGUGCCACACCCCCAUGCAGCAUUCCUCUUGGUUUUGUGAAGGAGACACCUAAAGAUGUUGUAGAAUGCAAUAAAACAGAUUCACAAAUGCUCCCUGUAUCAGCCUCUGACACAGUAAUGGUAUGUUACCACUCCUUAGUGGUCCUUUGGACCAAACUCUCACCAGCCAUUUUUGUUUUGGUAUCAUUUUACUACAACUACCAUAAUGCAAUGUUUUUUUGUCUCAUAUUUGAGAUCGAUAAUCCCAGUGUAUUUCAAAUAAAAGCAGCACUCUAUUGGUACAAGAUUGUUAAGACCUGAAAGAUUUUGGUGGUUGUAGUUAAAUGCUGCCUUCACAGUUAUGGCCAAUGUGCUUUUUCUGACUGUCAUGUUAGACCAGAGAUGACAGGCUUUAGAUGUUUUGGAUUGCACUGUUUGUCUAUGGUGCUCUAACUUUUGUUUUCACUUGAUAUCUUUACUUCUUGCCAUUCUCCUGAUUUGAACUGCAUUUGUACCAAAGUUUUUGGAGUGUUUUUCUUAAAAUCUUAUCCACUAUGUUUAUGGGCCAGAAGCAAAAUGCAUGAGGGGCCCAUUUCUUGGAUAAGUCCUGAUAACUUAAUGGGCCUGCAGCCAUAUUUUAAGAUCAAAAUUUAAAAUAAGAGAAGCAGGUUCUGCCACCAUAACUGGUCCAUUUUGUUUCUGUAGCUGAUAGUUUUAUUGUAUAAUUUUCAUAAUUUUUGAAACCUCUAUCAUGAAUGAAAACAGGACAGCUUUACAGGCCCAUUAAGUUAUCAGGAUCUCUGAGAUACAGGCCUCAGGUUGCAUGGCCUCCUCUUAUUCCUUUUCCAUUUACCUUUGUUUGAAAGUGUAUCAUUGAUACCAGAUUGUAUAGGCAAUGGUCUUUAUUUGGUUUAAUUAUGUAUUUUGUAUUUUUCAAAAGGGAAGGUAAACAUGAGGGAGUAGCUCUUAAUAAUCUGCUAAAUUGAUAAAGUUAGAUUUUUACAGUGGUAUAAAUGAUAUUCCCAAACACUGAGCACUGUAUAGGAGGGUUAAGUAUAGUGAUUUAACUAAGUUGUGAAUGACUGAAAGUUAAAAUUUAAGGGAAAAAAACAGGGUUUGUUUUAAUUUGUGCUUCGUCUGUUUAUUAAAUUUACUGUCAGUUCCAACCGCUUAAAUCAAUCUUUUUGACAACCCUAGAGUAAAAACAUUUUUGUUUGGUGAGUACAUGUAUUUGGUAGAGAUUAGAUGGUCUUUUCCCUUCUUGAUGACAAUUAAAAACCCUCAAAAUGUCACUAACCAACUGUUCUAAGUGGUUGCUUUACAAGAUAUUAACUCACUACCCUUCACACCUGCCUCUUCCUUCAAUGACAUCAUAUCUACUUUCAUUUAAUUUUUAACACCUCUUACCAAACUGUGGAUAGUGUGUAAGGUCUGAAUUUAGCCACAGUCUAACUUACACUCAAGCUAGUUGCUCAGUGAAUACAAUGCCUGUCUUCAUCUUCAAAGUAAGUGAAUUGAAUCUGGUUUUUCAUGGUGGAGAAGCACAAGAGAGUGUUGUGAUCUUUGUAAAUAGUUUUUCUCAUGGUUCUUAAAGGUUUUCACAGUUCAUUUGUUGUCACUUGUCUUAGUUACUGGUUUACAUGUAGUUAUGUCUGCAAGCUGUGCUAAACACAGUGCUGCUCUGUUCUUCUUAUCUGACCUUUGUUUUCUUCAGUUUAUGCUUGUUUUAAAAUUUGCAUUUAUCCAGGAAACACUGGUGCCUUUGAAUUCCUACUGUGAUUCAAAGAAUAUCCUGUAGGUCACAUCUAUUUGUCCAUUUCCAUUUGCUCAACAUACAAAGUGUUAUGGUUUCUCUGGUUACAUUCUGAGUUUGGUUUAUAAUCUAUGUAAAAAUGAUUUUAUUUUCUUAAAGUAUUUAUUCCAUUAGGAACCAGAAAAUGUAAAGGAAAUGCAACAGUAUAAUUUUGGAGUUUUCUGAUCAAAAAAUGUGUACCUCCAUGAUUAUUUAUUUUGAUUUCCUUUCUUGAUUGAAUUACUGGUACCUGUGAAGGGUUUGUUUCUACAUCCCAGGGAUUUUAAUCUAAAACUGCACUCUGUCAUAGCUCUGCUGUAUAGAAUGGUUAUGCAGGUACCAGUAGGUAUUGGAGGUUUGAUCAGUCAAAUCCACUGAACCAUUUGGUAAUCCUUAAAACCUAUCCACUUGGCUGGUUGUUGGAUCCUCAAACAGGUUUCAUAUUUAUAUGAGUUAAGUUCUUGUCAUCUUGAACACACAUUUGUGUUUAUUACUCAUGGAAGAUCAAAAACGGCCCUUAGCUCUGGUUAUCUCUAAAGUAAGUCUCUGAAGUGGCUGUUGUUUGUUUGCUGAUUUAUAUUGUUUGCAAUACUGUUGUUCAAGCUUGAUUCCUACUAUGCAAGACAGGCGGUUAUUUCUUUUAUUGUGGCUUUCAAGGUUCUAAUAUUAUUUUGACAUAGAGAGGCUCAUUACUCUAUCAGGCCUCUAAAGGUCAAUCAAAACUCCUUCAUUUCCCUUUGGACUUGGACUUAAUGCAAGCUGUUUGCUGUAUAUUUAAUCAUGAGAUUCUUGACAGAAGUUUAUUACUGCUAGACCUUUAUGAUGUUAGAGACAGAAUUAUUUUGUCUAUUCCAUGUUACACCAGUGACAUAAAUGGACCAAUUUUUACCUUUUCUUUUAUACCUUUGAAUGAAAUGUUUUGGAAAAUAAAAUGUAUCAUAUUAAUUUUUUCUAUCUUACAGGACAAGGAGAAUGGUGUCUCCCAUAAUCAACAGAUCCCUUUGAAACGAGGACCAAAAGUCAAUGGUGUGCGCAGAGCCUUGGUGCCACAGGGUGGUAGUAAGCACAAGAUUGGGGCCAUGGGGGAAAAUAAGGACAUUAUAAUCCCAUCUCAAGGUGAGGGCCUCAGUGGUAAUGUACCCACACCAGAGAUUAUUAAACCAGCCAACAUUGGGAGCAAUACACCUGCCAGUCACCAAAUACAAUCCACUAAUGUGAAGAUGGAACCAGUAUCACAAGGUUUGCAUGAGGGAGCAGUACGAGAAAAUGGGCAACCUAAAAGGAGUGGUAUGACAUUUGUAGUUGACUCAAGUACGUAAACACUGUAUUGAAAAUAUACACAUAUGUUUACUUUCUUUAAUUUUUGUGUAAUUAUAUUGUUAUUUGUUACAAAGCGGAGGAUACUGGACUGGAACAAGACUGCAAUAAAUUGACUCCUUUUCCUGAUUCACUCUUUUUGAAAGAAAAUUUUGACCACCAUGUACUUCAUACCAUGGAAAUGUUAUCUUUGUCAAACAUUGAGCACAAAUGUUGUGGGUUAUUUACAUGUGUAUCAGUUUUUUUUUGAAAGGUUGCACAGGAUCAACCACCUAUUGACUUUUUAUGCAACAUCCAGUUCUCCCUCCGUUUCACAAGCAAAUUAAGAAAAUUUGGAAGAGUAUUUAGCACAAGCCACUCUUGUUUCCUUUUCCAUGUACCCCUUAUUUUACACUGAUUUUAUGGUUAUACUCAAGAAACGGAAGUAAUUUGCAUAAACUUUGCAGUCAAAAACAUUCACAGCUCAAAUUGUUCAACUUUAUUUCAUUAUUAAUGAGAACUGGGUCUUUAUCAGGAGCAGAGAAUCAAUCACAGAACUCAAGAGCUCCAAGUGGUGAUCUUUAUCUAGGAGAAAAAAAGCCUCACAAGGAACCUGAUAAUGUCAUUCAGAAAGGUACUGAUACUGUAGUUUUCAGCACUUUUAACCUUUUAAAGCCUAAGAGUGACCAGCAUCUAAUUUCUCCUUAUAGUACUACUGCUGAAUCAUUCAUUAAGGUUAUGAGAAUGAAAGAAAUGAUUGUCAACCUAAGAUGCUUUGAUUUUUAAACAAAUUCUUCUUGUUAAUACCAAAGGAAAUGUAUAGAGAAGAGUAUGGAGAAUAUGGAUACUGAUGUUUAGGUCAUUGCUGUGCAUUUGGCAAGUAAAUUUCUAAAUACAUUUAAAUAGGAAUAGUAAACCUAACUUGACAAUGCACUGUUUCUUAAUUUUGAUGCAAUAAUUAUUUCACAGAGAGAGAAAUGGGGACAGUUAACAUGACAUUCCGUAAACCUUCUACCAAUUCACCACCAAACAACACCACAGUGACUAUCAACAAUGGUAAUCAUAGAAAUCAUAUUUCGUUACUGGAAAAACAGAGAGAAUUUCUGCAGUCAUCCUCUGAGGCCAAGUUUUAUACAGUAGCUACUCUAGAAGAUGUGCAAGCUAUCAGAGCAAUAGCAUUUCAUCCAUCAGGAGAUUUGUUUGCUAUUGGGUCAAAUUCCAAGACUUUAAGAGUCUGCACAGCUGAAGGGUUAAACUCUCAAAGGAGAAUGGAAAGGUACUAGGUUUUAGUAUGUCAUUCACUUUUCUUAUUUAACAACAACUUAUCAGUUAUCUUUAGUUUGAGAUUUAUUGAAAAUAUGAUUGUAAUUUUUGUGAAGAGUGAACAUGACCACUCAGAAAUAGUAAAUGUAUGAAAGGAAUUGGUCAUACAUAAAAAAAAGAGAAAUUCAACAAUAUUUUGGAGGUAAAAGUCAGGAAAUUUGAGUAUGGUUUCCAGGAAGUUGUGGAAGAUAUAAAAAAUUAUAGAAAAACAGAGGGGAAAAAACAUCUCUACAUUAAUCUCUCAAUCAGAGAGUAUGGAAAACAUCAAAAAGUCCCUGGAAAAAGUCAUGUUAAGUCAUAGAAUUUUAUGACUUAGAGAUAGUUAAAUCCUUGAAGUAUUGGGAGGUAAAUUCAUGGCCAACUUCAUCUGCUGUUUGUUUUACACUUUACUAAUAUGGCGAGUUUUUUUCUAUAGUAAAGGCAGUGGCCAACCUCCACAACCAACCAUUCUCUUCAAAAGCAACCGUCAUCACCGUGGCUCCAUUUAUUGUGUAGCAUGGAGUGCUUCAGGGGACAUAAUAGCUACAGGAUCAAAUGACAAAAGCAUCAAGAUGACCAGGUUUGAUGCUGAAACUUGCUCUGUGACUUGGCCAGGGCUGGAGCUUGCUAUCCACAAUGGUACAGUUAGAGACCUGGCCUUUGUUUCCCGAGCCAGUGGGACACCAGUUCUAGUGUCUGGAGGGGCAGGUAUUAACUUUGUUUUCAAGUAAAUCUUCCCCUUAGAGACACCUUGUAAACACACUGACCACAUAAAAAUGCUUGAUGUUUUCUACCCUAAACUGCCCUUUUCUCUUCAAAGUUUAACUUCAGGAAAUUAUCUUUUAAGGGUCUCAUUACUCUAUGUAACCUUCUAGCCCCAACAAGUGAUUACCAUCUAAUUUAUACUUACAGUGCCAUUUCUGAAUCAUUAAACAUUAGAAACAGAGUCACAAGAAUAGAGGAAAUGCUUGCUGACUCAGAAGCUCCUGAUCAUUAAGCAUUUUCUCCGUGUUGAUACCAUUAGAAAUUUAGUGAGAACAGUAUGGAGACUUACUAUACUUGAGCAAGGGUGUAAUAGAUUAAAGGAAAUUUUCGAAAACUACCCUGAGUUAGCUCCACAAGUGGUAUCUUUUUGCUUUAUUCUGAUGUUAUCUACUUAGGGAAGACCACACCGUUCUUAAAUCACAGUGCGUUGAAUUUCUUGUUCAUUCUAUCAAACAGGAGAUGGAAAUAUUAUGAUCUCUGACUGUAGUACUGGUCAGACAAUAGGACAACUCAAAGGUCACUCAGGACAUGUCAUGGCUGUGUAUGCUGACAGUGAUGAUAUCAUAGCCUCAGGGUCAGCAGAUAACACUGUAAGGUUGUGGGAUCUGAGGUCACAGAGAUGUAUAGAUGCCAUAGCAACUGGUGAUAGCUGCGUGGCCUCAGUUUGCGUAAACUCAUCAGGCAACAUGUUAGCUUCAGGUAAAUGACACAAAUCUUUUGUGUGAUGUACAAUUUUUGGUAAAAGAGUGUAAUAGUGUGGGUGGGUUAGGGUGUCCCUGAAGAAGGCUGUUGUUGGUGACUGAUGUUUUGACAACCUCAACCUGAGAGGGAGUCAUCAUCAUCAUCGGAGUCAUCAUCAGAUCCAUCAUCAGUAUAAAUGCUGUCAGCAGGAGGGACCAAUAUGAAACAAGUUCAACUGAAAAUUUAUUAAACUAACACUGAGUAUGUUACCACCAUGAUUUAUUGUGUUAGUCUCAAAUAAUUUUUCUUAUCAAAGUUAAGGGUUUUGCGUGGUGUAAUUUUCACCAGCCAGUAGUCCCUGCUUAGGAUUGGAGUUUGUUUUAGACUUGCACCAUGUGUUACCACAGUUUUAUCUUUCUGGCUUAGCUUCAAAGUUUGGUACAGUUUUGAUGCUAGGCCACUUUUUGCUAUGAUGAAUUAACUGGAAUUUGCCAUACUAGCAGUACAUAUCAGCACCUUAUCAGUCUCCAGUUUUGUUCUAUACUAAUGUGUGGUUUUCUUCUGCUGUUUUUCUCUGUAACCACACAGGCCAAGAAGAUGGAAGCUGUAUGAUCUAUGACAUUACAGCUGGGAGAACCCUACAGCUUUUCAAGCCUCACACAAUGGAUUGUAGAUCAGUGCGUUUCUCACCUGAUAAUAACUUUCUUUUGACUGGAUCCUAUGACAGUAGUAUAAUCUUGAUGGACAUAAGAAAAGACUUAGAGACACAAGUACCACCUUACUCUGUUGUGGCUCAUCAUAGAGACAAAGUCAUCCAGUGCCGUUGGCACCCUACUCUCCUUGCUUUCCUGAGCUCUAGUGCAGACAGAACUGUCAGCCUUUGGGCUCCAGAGUGCUGAAAAAUUGGAAGUGCCUUUUAAGGUUUGGCCUCUUUAGAGUAAAGGAGAGCUUGUGGGAUGUUUCCUCUAAUAUGAUGGGCACUUUUGAAGCCAACAAAAAGGUCUUUCAAUUGUAGAACACCACCACAGAGUUCAGUCAAGUGUUUGAACCAUUUGAGACUUUGAUUCGAUGUGAUGAUGCCUACUGAAUGAAGUUGAAAUGAUUUCCUAUUUGGCUCAGGUCAUUUUUUAUCACCAAUUUAUACCCAAAGAGAGAUCUUUGCCACAGGAAAGCAGUACUGCAGUGACCCUAGUGCUUAAAGAAGAUCUAUUAGAAAUCUUGUGAAUUUGUGUGAUACAAAUCUAAAGACAACUUUCACCCUGUAAAUAAUUUACAUACAUUUAGAAUUACUUGAAUGACACUAUUUUCAAUGAUGUGCCCAUCAGUUUUUGAGACUUAGAUAAUCUAUAAGGGAUGAAUAUUGAAGCUGUAAAAAAUUAACUUCCAAUUAAUAACUCAUAGUAACAAGUGACAAGAUGGUGUAGAUAUUGAAGUUGUUUCUCUUUUAUUUUUGAACUUAUGGUAAUCUUCUCCAAUUUCACUUAGUUUUGUUUUUCUAUGUUUGGAUUUUUCUUCUUCUUUGAUUUUUUUUUAAAUAGCAUGUAGUGGCAUAACUCUCUUACAUGAGUUGGGAUACUCUGCAUGCAACAGAGCAACAUUUGGAAGUAAUUUUUAAAGUGGAAAUUGUCUCUACCUUCACCAUAGAAACAUUUGGAUAGAACUAAACACACUUCUAUAAACAGUUGAAUUUCACAUCUAUUUUCAAACAUUUUGAAGAUUAUCUGUGGCUGAAAAACAUUUAGUGGUAAAUCCAUCUUGGACAUUGUAGGAAUAUCAUCCUGAACUCUUUAUUAUGAAACAUAAUGAAUCAUACAUAUGAACAAAAUUUUGUGGCAGAUUCUUUAGCAAGAUGGUAAACCACAUGUACAUAGAAUACAAGUUUCUUACAUAGUAAGUACCAGUUUCUUAUUGAUGCUCCUUAUUCUAAGAGGUCAUUAAUUCCAUGCAUGGUUCUAUGGUAUUUGUUAUGAAUUGUUUUAUUUAUAGUGUUAUGAGGUUUCAAUCCAACAAUCAAUUGUUAUUUAAAGAAAGGUCACUUUAAU